AUGGAAGGCACUCACUGCACCCUCCAAUUGCAUGAUGCCAUUACCGAACUCUGCUACAUCAGCUUCUGUCUUCCGAGGGGGGAAGUCAGAGGAUUUUCAUACAAGGGCACUGUAACUCUAGACAGAUCCAGUAAAGGUUUUCAUAACUGCUACCAAGUCAGGGAGGGGUCAGACAUCGUCAGCCUCAGCCAGGAGCCAAGCGAACAUCCAGGUGACAUAUUUUUCAAGCAGAUUCCCACAAAAGACAUUCUAACUGAACUGUACAAACUCACGACAGAGAGGGAGAGACUGCUGGCCAAUCUGCUGAGCUCAGACCACAUCCUGGGGAUUACGAUGGGGAACCACGAGGGGAAGCUGCCGCCAGAGCUGUCCGUGAGCUUGGCCCCCGAGGACGACGGCUUCCAGAGUGCCGGUGACUGGCCAGGGGAGCUCCCCGUGGGCUCUCUCAAUAAGAGGAGUGCCCACAGGAGCAAAAGACCCCGGAGGUCUGGUGGCAGGAGAGAGAGCUUUGAGGCACUCUUGCAGAAGAGGACAAGAAGGAAAGGACGUGGGGGCCAGGAAUCAGCUCCUCAGAUGGGGAAGGAGCAAAUCUGUUUCAGCAACUCCCUUCCUCUGUCUCGAGCGGGGCCCAAUCUUUGGCUCCUAGAAGAGAAAGGAAACUUGCUCCCAAAUGCAGCACUUACCUCUUCCCGGCACAGGAGAGAGAGCUGUCCCCCAGAUAUCUCCAGGACCCUGGAUGCAGGUCUUGCAUUUGAGAGCUUUGGGGUGGCUUCCAAAGACACUGGGCUUGGGAGAAGAGAGCUGCCUCCUGACUGCAGCUCCACGGAGGCAGGAGAUGGUAGGCUUCAGGAGCCACUGCAGAGGCCUCACCGGCUGGAGCAUCAGCAAACAGGUUUGCUUGAAAGUCACCAGGACCUGGAGAAGCAUCACGAGGCUGGAAGGGAGGGGACACAGAAGUUGGAUGAGCAGACUUGCAAGAAGAAACCCAUUUCUAAAGUGGUGGCCAAGGUCCAGGAUCUGUCCUCUCAGGUACAAAGAGUAGUUAAAACACCCUCUGAGGCUGAGGAAAGGACUGCCUCUGGCCCAGUGGCCCAAGCUGAAUUUAUACCCAGAGCAGACUUGCUCACCCUCCCGGGAGCGGAGGCUGCGGUUCAUGGUUCCAAGCGGCAGGGCAAGGAGCAGCGAGGGCAUGGGUCUGUGCAGUCUUCAUCGGGGGAAAGAGCUGCCGCUCCUGCUGCUUCAGCCAGUGCAGAGGGGGCCGUGAACAAGGUCCUCCUGAAGGUGAUAGAGAGUGAGAAGUUAGAUGAAGCCACCAAGGGGAAAAGGCUGGGCUUCCCCCCUGGCAAGAGAGCCACCCAAACCCCCUCAGAAACCAGAAGCAAGAAGAGAGCUGGGCUUCCCCCACGGGGCCACAAACUUUUGCACCUGGGUCUUCCCCAAGGUGUGGGUUCCCGCCCCUCACAACCCGGAGGCGAUGAGAAGCGGCCUCCCCAGCCAGCACCAGCAGCUCUCAACCUGGUGUUUAAUAAUUCAUCCCCUCAGUCCAACACAGCCAAACGGACAUCCCCUGUUCCUUCUCCUCUGUCUCCGAGGAGGCUUCCCAGCCCUCAGCAGCAUCACAGGAUCCUCCGGCUCCCUCCACUGCCUGGUGAGAGGGAAGCUGCUGUUAAUGACUCUUCUGGUACAAAGAGCAGUGUCUUCUCUGCAUCUCCAUUUGCUGACACCUUGGAGCCCCCAUCGUCUACCAAGGUCACGGAGACCAAAGGAGCCAGCCCACCUUCCCUCAGAGCAGACCAACCAAGGUUGGUGCCUGGGGAAACUUUGGAAAAGAGCGUGGGGCCAGGGAGGACCACAGCUCAGCCCGAGCACCAGUCACCUCCAGGUAUCUCCUCCGAGGGUUUUCCCUGGGACAGCUUCAAUGACCAGACACCUAAAGACCUUCCCAACAGAGAUGGCAGCACAUGGGUCCUGGGCUAUCGAACAGGACCAGCCUGUCCAUUUUUGCUUCAUGAGGAAAGAGAGAAGCCAAACAGAAGUGAGCUAUACCUGGACCUCCAUCCUGACCAGAGCCCCACGGAGCAGGACGAUAGGACUCCUGGCAGGCUCCAAGCUGUCUGGCCACCCCCAAAGACAAAAGACACGGAAGAAAAAGUGGGAUUGAAGUACACUGAAGCAGAAUACCAAGCUGCUAUUUUGCACUUGAAGAGGGAGCACAAAGAAGAAAUCGAAAACCUGCAGGCCCAGUUUGAACUUCAGGCAUUUCACAUCCGGGGAGAGCAUGCAGUGGUAACAGCGAGACUAGAAGAAACCAUUGAAAAUCUCAAACGCGAGUUAGAGGACCGCUGGCGGGGCUGUGAGGAGAGGAGAGACGCGUGCAUCUCCACCAGUGAUGACUGUCCUCCAAAGACCUACAGAAACGUGUGCAUCCAGACAGACAGAGAGACCUUCCUCAAGCCCUGUGAGGGUGAAAGCAAAACAACCAGAAGUAACCACAUAGUACCCAAAAAGCUGAAUAUCACCUCAUUAAGCCAACUUUCUCCUCCAAAUGAAAGCAAAGACAUCCACACGUCGCUUCAGUCUGUGGAAGGCACGACGUCAAGUCAGCAGAAGGCAUCACCUCCCCCUCCUGCGCCACCUCUACCAGCCGCCAUCCCUCCGCCUCCUCCUCUCCCGCCUGGACUUGGAUCUUUGUCGCCAGCACCCCCAGCACCACCUGUGAGCGCUGGGCCACCUCCGCCACCGCCUCCACCGCCACCACCUCUACCCCCAGGACCUCCGCCCCCGCCUCCACCACUUCCUAACUCCCAGGCUCCGCUCUGCCCCGGGGGACCUCCUCCUGCCCCAGCACCCCCAGGACUUGCACCCCCACCCCCUCCUGGACUCUACUUCGGCCUCAGCUCUUCUUCCAGCCAGGGUCCUCGGAAACCAGCCAUUGAGCCCAGUUGUCCCAUGAAGCCUUUAUACUGGACUCGAAUACAGAUAAGUGAUAAGAGCCAAAAUGCUACACCAACCUUAUGGGAUUCCUUAGAAGAACCUGACAUUCGGGACCCUGGUGAAUUUGAGUAUUUUUUCUCCAAAGACACAACUCAGCAGAAGAAAAAGCCUCUUUCAGAGACCUAUGAGAAAAAAAACAAGGUCAAAAAGAUCAUCAAGUUAUUGGAUGGAAAACGAUCUCAAACUGUCGGAAUCUUGAUAUCUAGUUUACAUUUAGAAAUGAAGGAUAUCCAACAAGCCAUUUUCAACGUGGAUGACUCUGUGGUUGAUCUGGAGACCCUGGCAGCCUUAUAUGAAAACAGAGCACAAGAAGAUGAAUUGGUUAAAAUCAGAAAGUAUUACGAGACCUCUGAGGAAGAAGAAUUGAAGCUGCUGGAUAAACCUGAGCAAUUUUUGCAUGAGUUAGCCCAGAUUCCUAAUUUUGCUGAACGUGCCCAGUGCAUAAUCUUCAGAUCUGUCUUUUCUGAGGGUAUCACCUCCUUGCACCAGAAGGUCGAAAUCAUCACACGAGCUUCUAAGGGCUUGCUGCACAUGAAAAGCGUGAAGGAUAUCUUAGCCCUCAUUCUGGCUUUUGGAAACUACAUGAAUGGAGGAAACAGGACUCGGGGACAAGCCGAUGGAUAUAGCUUAGAAAUUCUGCCCAAACUCAAGGAUGUCAAGAGUCGGGAUAAUGGAAUUAAUCUGGUGGACUAUGUCGUGAAGUAUUACCUGCGUUACUAUGAUCAGGAAGCUGGAACAGAAAAGAGUGUUUUCCCCCUGCCUGAACCACAAGAUUUCUUUUUGGCCUCCCAAGUCAAGUUUGAAGACCUCAUAAAAGAUUUGAGAAAACUGAAGAGGCAACUAGAAGUAAGUGAGAAACAGAUGAUGGUGGUGUGCAAGGAGUCCCCAAAAGAGUAUCUUCAGCCUUUCAAAGACAAACUGGAGGAGUUCUUCCAGAAAGCCAAAAAAGAGUAUAAAAUGGAAGAAAGUCACUUGGAGAAUGCUCAAAAAAGUUUUGAAACGACAGUAGGAUAUUUUGGGAUGAAGCCAAAGUCGGGUGAGAAGGACGUCACACCCAGCUAUGUGUUUAUGGUAUGGUACGAGUUCUGCAGUGACUUCAAGACGAUUUGGAAACGGGAGAGUAAAAACAUAUCUAAAGAAAGAUUGAAAAGGGCUCAGGAAUCAGUCAGCAAGCUGACGUCAGAGAAGAAAGUGGAGACCAAAAAAAUCAAUCCCACUGCUAGUCUGAAAGAAAGAUUGCGUCAGAAGGAAGCCAGUGUAACCACCAACUAA